UCAGGGAAUAUCAAAGGAUGAUUUCUUUGUGAGAAAUUUGAUGAGUAAGUAUGGGUCGAACGACACGUUGAGCGUGGACCAGUUAAGUUCGUUGUUGGAAGCGUUGAAGGAUGGCGGAGACCAAAAUCUUGCCGAUAGUCACGGGGCCACUUCUGAUAACGGGGACCAUGCUUGUUACGUGAACCCAGAUACAGAUUCGAUACCUUCAGCGUCGGAGGCUUGUCUCAAAGAAAAGUGCCUCACAGCUGAAGAAAUAGUUUCUUUCCAUUCCCUACCCAAUAGAAGCACUAUCAACUCUGUUACCCUGAAAAAGAUAAGCCCGACUCUACUGUAUCAAGCUCAGAAUAAAAAAUGUUUUAUACCCCGUUUGGCAAAAAGCAGCAAAUCUAAAAAGCCUACAAAAGGAGAAGUUUGGGGAUAUGGUAUUCUGUUUGUGACUAUAACCAAUAUAUGUGCUCUCCUUGGUGUGCUCCUGGUCCCUUUCAUGAACAAAUUUUUCUACAAAAAGUUACUGAUAUUCAUGGUGGCCCUUGCUGUAGGAACACUGGCUGGAAGUGCUUUGUUUUUCUUGAUACCUGAUUCUUUUGGAUUAGCAGAAUAUGAUGAAGAAGGUGCAUAUAUAUGGAAAGGACUGACGGUACUAGGGGGAAUAUAUUUAUUCUUUAUUUUAGAGUAUACCAUGAAGGCAAUCAUGUACAGAAAAGAGAAAAAGAAAGAAAGGCGUAGAACCUAUGAAGAAAUAGCCACUCUGGCAUCAGUCCAAACUCACACCCAUGUUGAAGUGGAUCCAGAGCUGAAAGUUCCACCUGAAAUGAAGGAGGGGGCAGCCAAGUAUGGAAUCAUGCAGGGCAAUGAGAGCAGUGCUGAUUUAUUAGAUGACAAUGGGAGAGAGGAAGGGGAAGAGAAUGAUGCAUGCAAUUUUGAUGCAGUGUCUAAGGCCUCACCUUCUGCGCAGAAAAGAGAGACAGUGAAAUGUGAUGGGGUGGAGUUACGCGUCCAGGAUCUGAUGAAUGGUGCUAUGGCGGACCAGUCUGACACCAAUAACCAGGGAAACCAGGGUAACCAUGGUCAUAGUCACUAUCCAAUUUCAAAUGCCAUAAAGAGGCAGAGCAGCAAAAGUGGAGUGAAGAAACCAAAAAUAGCCCCUGUUGCUUGGAUGAUCAUCUUUGGUGAUGCUGUCCACAAUUUUAUAGAUGGUCUUUCCAUAGGGGCUGCUUUCACAGAGAGUAUUUAUCUUGGAAUAUCUGUCUCUGUUGCUGUGAUAUGUGAAGAGUUGCCUCAUGAAUUGGGUGAUUUUGCAAUUCUGUUAAAUGCUGGGAUGAGUCGUUGGCAGGCUGUUGGCUACAACUUCCUCUCUGCAUGUGCCUGUUACCUCGGUCUGAUCCUUGGUAUUCUGGUUUCCGAGGCAACCGCUGCUAAUGAGUGGGUGUUUGCACUAGCGGGGGGAAUGUUUCUUUACAUCUCUCUUGCUGACAUGAUGCCAGAAGUUAACCAUGCAACAGAAGAUGAACAAAAUGUAGGUCAGGGGAAAACCAAGAUAUUUAUUAUCCAAAAUUUGGGCCUUCUAACUGGAUUUGGAGUCAUGCUUUUACUUGCUUUGUAUGGUGGAAACAUAAAUUUUGAGUCAUCGUAAAAUCAGCUGAAUGUGUCAAAAGCAGCUUUUUGUGUCAUCACCUUUAACAAUCAAGUGACAACAAUCAGUAUAGACUACUCUUGAUGCAUUUUUUUCCUGUUUUAAAUAGAAAAAAGGCUGCUUUAAAUGUUUAAUUUACUCCAGAGUAGAACUGUAGUGUGCGAGUUUUUGUUGCCAGUAGACAGUGAACGCUAUCUGGAUGGUACAAAAAGGAAGAUUAAGUUAUGAUUAACAAUGAUUUUUCAAAAUCAAUUCCAUUUCUGAUCAUGCACUUGUUGAUCAUGCAAUCUUUGUUGGUGAAUAAUACCAGAAUCCUCACCCAACUGUAAAUAAUGCACAGAAUAUUGAAGUUGGUGUUGCUGUGAAAACUUCAAACUUGGUUGCUGAAAAAAAGGCUAUUACUCAUGUGUUAUGUUCAUAAUCCAUAAAGCAGUCUUUGAAUCAUAAAUGUCUGUUUUGGCACUGGCUGUGAUUAUUAGUCACCUGAAAUAUGUGGUAUUUUUAUAUCACAUUUGGUAAUUAUGCUGGAAAAGUAAUCAGGGUCUCAUGCAGGAUGAUUGCUACAUAUUUAUAGCUUCAUUACAAGGAAUGAUUACCAGUAAGUCUUCCGUGAAGAUAAUGUGCAUAGAAACUGCUAUAUAACUGUCCAUUUUAUUUAUGAAACAAAGGAUGUGACGUAAGAUUUGUGAUUUAAAGCAUAAGCACUGGUAAUGUAGCCAGACAUUAGGGUUAUCUCCCAGGAGAUAAAUUUGAGUCCCAUUUCCAUUUUGAGCAUUUUUCAUGCUAAAGUAACUUAAAAGUAUGCUCUCUGCUUGUUAAACAAAUAUUUUGACAUUUGUAAAUUUAAACUAGUGAAGAAUAACUUACCACUAAGUUGGUAGUAUAACUGGAUUAAUCCACAAGAUCUUUUCACAUGUUAAAGCACUCCAUUAAAUGAUAUAUUUUUUUAGUAUAUUUAUAAAUAAGGGUUAAUUCAGAAAAAGGAUACAAUUGUUUGCCAGCAGUUUAAUUGAAAAUGUAUAUGUUUGCAUCAAUUAAAAACUAGCUUUGUUUACAGGUAUAUGGUAAUUACUUGAAAUUUUUGAACUUCUUACUUACUCUGAUACUUUACUUUUUGAAGAUUUAUCAUUUACAGUCACUCACAUUGAUAUACUUUCUUAGACAAAGUCCUUUACCUUUUCAGAACUUUUUUAAUUGAACGAUUGUAACAGUUACGCACUGAGCAUUGUUUCAUGAAAAUUUUUUGUUUGAAUUGAUUGGGUAAUUGCCAAAUUAUGCCGUAAACUUUGUCGGGGCAUACUUUUAAGUAGGGACUUGGAAUAUUCCAGCUUCUUGAAAGGGUAUAUUUUGGCACAAUGUUGGAUUUGCAUUUAAAUGUACAAGUAACUGUGUAGUCUGCUUAAGUGAUUGCUUUUUCUCCACAUUUUGCUUGAUAGAACAUUUUUUUUUACUUUGAGAAAUUUUUGUAGUUUUGUCACUUGGCUCAAGUUUAGCAAAGUCAGGGGUAUACAAAGCUUUUCUUUUUAUUUAUUAUACAUUUCAGCAUAAUAUAACUUUGCACAUCUAAAACAGCUCAUGCAGUGUGAGAAAUAACCCAUGUCGAUGAAUCUUCUCAGGCCAGCGAAUAGUGGGACAGUAAUUAAAAAUUUUAAACGAUCUAAAACCUCAUUUUAAAAAUUUUCUCAGUUCCUGUAGCUCAUGAUAAUGUACUUUAAGACACUAAGCCAACUAACCUUUCAAAGGUAUUUUAUGGAAAUUCAUUUAUUCAUUUUGUUAAUUACUGUAGUUAAAUUUCUGAAAGCUGCUCUUGUCAGCAAGAGGGGGGCCACCAGACUUGUUCUUAUUUGAAACAAAGUUAACAUAUGGUGGUGUCUAUACAUAAUAAUUGUUUGAUUUAAGAAAAGCAACAAACCAAAGAUGUGUCAGUUUUAUUAACUGAAAAAAUGUGUAGAUUUCAAGCUGGGCGAGUAACAUUUGGCCAAUAAAAAAGGGUAUUAAGUGUUAUAAUGAAAAGGCCUGAUGUUCAUUGUUAAUUCUACUCGUGGUAUUUUUUAUUUAUGCCAAGUUUGAAUAUAAAGGGAUAUAAUUUCUUAGUUAUUGGUUUAUUUUGUUGUAAAAAUACUGAGUUAGAAGAUUUUUUCAUUUUAUUUAAAAUUCACACAUCGAUGUCCACAUGAGCAUAGAAGAGGGAGAAAAGUGUACAGCUGAAAAAUCUGGUGAAAUCAUUUUGUAGCUGAAGAAUGACUGAGAAUACAUUAAAUUUUUUUCUGGCUAGUGGUUUUAAAUAUUUUAUAUAAAAAAUGGGUUUUGAUACAUGAGAGUAGUGAAUAAAAGUUGAUGUUACAAUAAAGAGGUUGAAGUGUG